AUGAACCGCAUCAUCCAAUACGGAAGUGUUGAGGGUAUUCCGUACUACAACUGUAGUGCAAAAACCUCCGAAGAGUGGUUUGCCACUGGUCUCCAACGUCCACUCUUCGGAUGGACUAUUCUAAUUUUUGGAAUUGUCAUCGAGAUGUUUUACAUCCCAACCAUAUAUAUGAUGUUCCGAACAAAGCUGGUUCAUAUGACCUGCUACAAGAUUAUUGUGUGUCUUGGAGUCACUGAUAUGCUCGCCACGUUGACUUGUUCAAUCUUCAGUGGCUGGUUGUUCAUUCAGGGAGCGGUUUUUUGUAACUAUCCGACUUUCAUCUACUUGGCUGGCAUGUUGGGAUUGAGUGGCUGGUGUAUGGCUUGCGGAUCUACCCUUCUUCUUGUUGUUAACCGCGUCAUUGAUGUCCUUUACCGUCCGUUAUCCGAGUUCCUUUUCGAUGGAAAACGCGUAUUUUUCUCCAUUGCUUUGAUCGUUGCUUAUGGUUUGAUCGUUGCUACGUUCUCCCCUUCAAUCAUAUUCAAUUCGGUUAUUAUGGCAUGGAUAGCGGAUCCUCUUACCAUUGAUCCCGAAUACAAAACCGAAGAUAUUUCUGACUUUUACCGUAACCAUGUGCAAUCCACUAACAACUGGAUCUUUGUCUCCUGCACCUGCUCCCUUUAUACCGUCUACUGCGUGCUCGUCAACAAGAUGCAAAGAGGUCAGAAAUCGAAAGCAUCACGAAGUGUUUUCAUUCAAUCAAGCAUCAUUUGUUCAUUCAACACCUUUGCCGCCAUGUGCUACAAUGCCAUGGUGUUUAUUCCUCCUCCACCAUGGGUCGUCGUCAUUGGAGAGCUGUGUUGGUCUUUAGUUCAUGGAUGUCCAGCUAUCAUUUACCUUACAAUGAAUCGAACGAUUCGUUCUGAGUUUUUGAAGUUUUUGAAGAUUAAAAAGCCUAACAAGAAAGUCACCGAUAUCUCAUCGACCUCCAACAUGCGCCACACUGGAAUGUCUCCUACCAGCAACUAA